AUGACAAGCUGCGGUGGAGCUCAAGAGGGUACUGCCUUCAUGAGCAUUCCGUCGGCUCCUACUUUCUGCCCCACGGAGGACGAGUGGGAAGAGCCUUUGCGUUACUUGGCCUCCAUACGUCCGCAAGCUGAACCUUAUGGCAUAUGCAAGAUUAUUCCGCCGAAAGGAUGGGAGCCGCCGUGUGCGUUGAACUUAUCUUUGCUCAAAUUUCCCACACGUAAACAAAAAGUCCACGAACUCCAGCACCGCGACUUUAAGCAGGCUCAGCUGGACUUCUACGAGGAUUAUGAUCGUUUCCUGCAUUCCCAGGGCAAGCAGCUAUGCAAAUGGAAGUAUCCGCAGUUCUUGGGCAAGGACAUCGAUAUCUUCGUCCUGUAUCGUGCGGUGAAACGGCGAGGUGGUUAUGAAUCGAUUACUGAGCAAAAGAAGUGGAGAGAAGUU